AUGCCUUUGGCUGAGGGGCUUUUUGUAAGUUCCAAUCUUACAGCCAUGGGAAACAUAGCAAAACCAGGCUGCCAAACACAAUGCGGGAACUUGACUGUGAAAUACCCUUUCGGCAUAGGCGACGGCUGCUUCUUAGAUGAGUCAUUUCAGCUCACCUGCAACGACACUAAGGAUCCCCCAAAGCUUUUUAUCGGGUCAGAGAACAUCCAAAUCUACAAUAUUUCAGAUUCCGAGUUGAGAAUUUCCAAUUCGAUUGCUUUCAAAUGUUACAACAAAUCUGGUGUAUCUGAAUAUUUUAGUGGGUGGUAUGACUUUGAGGGGAGCCCUUUCACUUUUUCACAAAAGAACAAGUUAAAUGUCGUUGGGUGUGAUGAUAUAGCUUGGUUCAAAGGAAGGCCGAAUGGAUCAUCAGUCGAGUUCACUAGUGGGUGUUCGGGAUUCUGUAGUGAAGAAAGUGAUGUACAUAACGGGAACUGUUCAGGAAUCGGCUGUUGUCAGACAACAAUACCAAAGGGUCUACAAUAUUACAGAGCAGAACUUCAAAGCGUUCGAAACCAUACAGGUGUUAUAGGGUUCAAUCCUUGUGGUUUCGCAUUUCUUAGUGAAGAAAGCAGCUUUCAAUUUGGUGGUGCUACGACAUGCAAGGGAAAUAGCUCCUGCAACGAUGCAGAUGUUGGCGGGUAUAGCUGUAGCUGCAACAAAGGUUACGAUGGCAAUCCUUAUCUUGAUCCAGGAUGCCAAGACAUCAACGAGUGUACGGAUAAAAGCAACUUCCCUUGUUAUGGCAAUUGCAUUAAUACUCCAGGGAGUUACAACUGUACUUGUUUUCCUGGACACACCGGGAAUGCAACAACCCUAGAUGGUUGUCGGUCACUUGCUGAAGAUUCAAAGUUUCCUGUUGUGGUAUUCGUAGUAGUUCUGGUGUUUGGCUUGCUGGUCAUAUCAGCUGUGAUAACUGGAAUUUGCUUUCGCAUAAGAAAGAGGAAGCAAGUCAAGCCACGAGAAAAACUUUUUGAGCAAAAUGGGGGUGUAUUUUUGAAACAAAAGCUCAGGGCUACAGGAGGUAAUGAUGCUGUGACUAUGUUUAGCACUGAAGAGCUCCGAAAGGCAACUGAUAACUAUUCAGAGGAUCAAAUUAUUGGAAGAGGUGGUUCUGGUGUGGUGUAUAAAGGGACCUUGUCGGAUAACCGUGUUGUUGCAAUAAAGAAGUCUAAACUAGUUGACCGGACACAAGCAGAACAAUUCAUCAAUGAAGUCUUUAUCCUUACACAAGUCAUCCACCGCAAUGUGGUUAAGCUGUUAGGCUGUUGUUUAGAAGAGGAGGUACCAGUACUAGUUUAUGAAUACAUCUCGAAUAACACACUUUAUUAUCACAUUCAUCAUAGAUCCGGUGGAAUGAAUUGGUUGUCAUGGGAGAAUCGAUUGAGAGUUGCUGUUGAAGCUGCAACUGCACUUGCAUACCUUCAUUCGCAAGCUUCUAUGCCCAUCAUACAUAGAGAUGUAAAGUCCGCCAAUAUAUUAUUAGAUGAUAACUACACAACAAAAGUAUCAGAUUUCGGCGCUUCAAGGUUGAUCCCUUUAGAUCAGGAUCAAGUCAUGACUCUUGUUCACGGUACACUUGGAUACUUGGAUCCUGAAUACUUUCAAACAAGCCAAUUAACCGACAAGAGUGAUGUAUAUAGCUUUGGUGUUGUCCUUGUGGAACUCUUAACUGGGAAGAAACCCAUUUGUGCAAGUAGAUCAUAUGAGGAAAAGAAUUUGGCAACAUACUUUGAUAAUUCAAUGAAAGAAAACCGUUUUUUACAAAUUGUUGAGCCACGACUGUUGCAUGAAGGGACACUUGAGCAGGUACAAGCAGUAGCUGAGAUCGCAAAGAGAUGCCUUAAUGAAGUGGGAGAACAUAGACCUGCUAUGAAAGAGGUGGCAAUGGAGCUAGAUGGUUUAAGGAAGUUUACUACUAUAUAA